AUGAUAAGGUUAAACUUUAUAAAAUUUGCUAAAAUGGGACCAAGUAAAGGCAAAGGUCCAUUAAUAGCGAAAUAUGCUCCAGUUGGUUUUAAGAAAGGAUUUGGAGCUAUAGGCCUGGGAAAACAUACAAAAAAAGGUUUUUUUAUAAUUAACAAAAUGCUCGUACCAAACUAUCGAGUCCCUGAUUUGACGGACUGCCAAUUAAAACCAUAUGUAUCGAAAAAAACACCUUUAAUUGUUAUGAAAAAACAACUAGGACCAAAAAGAAAAGUUUUAACCUAA